AUGCCUGGCAUAGAUGACAUGCUGGGCGUCUGGGAGAUCAAGGAGGUGAAAGGGCGCCCUCGACAGGCUGAGGCCCGAGAGCUGCUCCAGAAGCUAGCCGACCAGGUAAAGCCGAUUUGCGUGGCCCACAAGUGGAAGGUGGUGCUUCUGCUGGAGUUUAUUCCCAACAACCCGGGUCUCCUCGGCUUGAACGUCAACCGCGGCCAGAAAAUAUGCAUUCGCCUACGCCCGCCAUCCGAUGAAGGCAGUUUCUACCCCUACGAGUUCAUUCUCGGCACGAUGCUGCACGAGCUGGUGCACAACCAGAUCGGCCCGCACAGCGCGAAGUUCUACCGGAUGUUGGACCAGCUCAACGACGAGUGCGACAAGCUCAUUCGGGAAGGCAUAACCGGGCGCAACAUGCCAUUCGCUGGAGACGGGCAGUCCUUAGGAGGGGGGCGAGCCCCAGAAGAUGCUAGGGCCGCUGCGCUAAAGGCGGCGGAGAAGAGACAGCAGCAACAGGGUAUCAUGGGCGGCGGGGGGCAGCGGUUGGGCGGUGUUUCGGGCUCCUCGCCGUCGGAUGCAGUUUCCGCCGCGCAGCGUGCUGCGGCCGCCGCACAAUGGAGACAUGCCGUCAGCCAAGGUUGCGGAGGACACCACGGUUGUACCGCCGGCGAGAAAACCGGCGACAAUGCCGACGAUGGCGACCACUGGGAGUGCGGGCUCUGCACGCUCUUCAACUCGCUCACCGUUAACGCGUGCGACGCCUGCGGGAAGGAGCGUUCCGCCAACCCCCCUGGGAACUCCGUCCGCGACCGCGGUGCCGGUAGCAGCACCGGUGGGCGGGGCGGCGAUAGCAGUGUCGCCGGCGGCACCACUACGGGCCGCGAAAAGCGACCCGCGCCGACAACGGGGCCGGCGGCGGCGGCGGCGGCGGCGGCGGCGGCGGCGGCCGGGCCGGGCCGGCUGCAAAAGAAGUCGACAGCGGGGGCGCGGACGGCGAGUGAUGGCCGCUCCGUGGGUGCUCCCCGCGGAGGUGGCGGUGGCGCCGGUACCACCGGCGGCGGCGGUCUUCCUUCGGCGGGGCGCACGUGGACGUGCCGGAGUUGCCCGUUUUCGUUUCCGAACGCUUCGGAGAGGCGGACGUGCGAGUCGUGCGGAGCAGCGCGUCUUCUGCCCGCCGAUGCAGGGAGCGGCGGCGGCGGCGGCGGCGGGGGCGGUGCCGCAACGGCGAUAAGGGGGACAACGGGCGGGCAUACCAGCUGGGACGCGGAGCUGCUGCCGUCGUGGACGUGCGACGCGUGCACGGUGGUGAACCCGGGGAUGUUUUUGGGGUGCUCGGUGUGCGGGGCGGAGCGACCCGCGGAAGAGGCAGCGGCAGCAGGCGGCGGCGGCGGCGACGACGAUAACCUCGCGACCUUGAGCUCAGAAUGGACGGCGGAAGUUGGAAGAGGAGGAGGAGUCACCGCUGGCGGGUGGAUGGCCGCGCAAGGCAGCAGCGGCGGGACCGACUGUUCCGUAGGUGUUGGCACCGCCGACGUCCGAGAAACGGUCGGCAUUGGCGGAAGAAUACGGGACGACCCCGGGAUGGAAAGUUGGGGGUCAGCGCAGCCGGCAGGCGAGGCGCGGAUGUGCCGGCUGUGCACUCUGCGGAACCCCCCGGAGGCUUCGGAUUGCGAGGCCUGCGGGAUCCCGCUCGCAGACAGCGAGGCCGCUGUUGCUGCGACUGCGUCGGGAGGAGAGACGGCGGCCGGUGCUCAAGGCGCUACCGGCGACGGCAGCCGCGCUAGCCGAGCGUCAGCGACGGGCCAGGGGGAAGGGGGUAGCAGCCAUCGCCCGGGAGCAACAGCAGCAGCAGCAGCAGCCUCGAGGGUUGCGGGAGACUAG